AUGGAUGAUAAAUUAUUAAAGUUAACAGACUAUGUUUUAAGAAAUUAUAUUGAUUGCCCAAGAUAUCCUAUUGAAAAAUGGAAUCAUUUUAAUUUAAUACAAGACAGACCACGUACAAAUAAUCAUGUUGAAGGAUAUCAUCGUCAAUUGAAUGCCCAUAUUGGAAUUCAUCCGAACAUUUGGACCUGGAUGAUGAAUGUCCAAAAAGCAGAAGAACUAUCAGCUAUACGUGUGGAACAAGAAGAUGAGCAAGGCCGGACAACGAGAAAAAGAAAAAAACACAAUGUUGAUCACGAUAUUCAUCUGGGUUCUGCCAGACAAGCAUUAUUGAGUGAAGAAAUAGACUUAGAAGAAUAUCAACGACUUUGUCGAUAA